UCCCUCCCUCUAAAACCACUCUGUGUGGGGAGCAUGAGAGCCAGACCAAAGCUCAGAGGAACCAACCUGGACCUGAACCCAGCUGUGUGUCCUUAAAGAGUGACCAGUCUAAAGCUUACAUGAUUGGUUUUAAAGUCCAGCCUCUGUCUGCUGCAGAGAGAGUGGACCAGGAGAGCUCAGAGGUUCCCAGUAGUCAGUCUGCCCAGCAGCAUCAAACAGACCUGGACUCCAUAUUUAUGCUGCUGGAGGACAACAUCAUCACUUUCAUAAAGAACGAGCUGAAGAAGAUACAGAAGGUUCUGAGUCCAGAUUACCCAACUGCUCAUCAUUCUCAGAUGGAGGAUGAUGAGCGGAAGAGGAGCAGCAGUGAGGCAGUUCUGAAGAUCACACUAGACUUCUUGAGGAGAAUGAAGCAGGUGGAGCUGGCUAACCGUCUGCUGAGCAGAAUUCCCAUGGGAGGUUUAGAACCAAAUCUUAAGUCUUUCUUGAAGAAGAAGUUUCAGUGUGUCUCUGAGGGAAUUGCUAAAUCAGGAAAAACAACCCUUCUGAAACAGAUCUACACAGAGCUCUACAUCACAGAGGGAGGGACUGCAGAGGUCAAUGAUGAACAUGAGGUCAGACAAAUUGAGACAGCAUCCAGGAAAAUAGACAGUCUAGAAACAACAAUCGGACAAGAAGACAUCUUUAAAGCCUCACCUGGAAGAGAUAAACCAAUCAGAACAGUGCUGACAAAAGGAGUGGCUGGCAUUGGGAAAACAUUCUUAACUCAGAAGUUCACCCUCGACUGGGCUGAAGACAAAGCCAACCAGGACAUCCAGUUCAUAUUUCCAUUCACUUUCAGAGAGCUGAAUGUGCUGAAAGAGGAAAAGUUCAGCUUGGUGGAACUUGUUCAUCACUUUUUUACUGAAACCAAAGAAGCAGGAAUCUGUAGCUUUGAAGACGUCCAGGUUGUGUUCAUCUUUGAUGGUCUAGAUGAGUGUCGGCUUCCUCUGGACUUCCACAAAACUACAAUCCUAACUGACCCUAGAAAGUCCACCUCAGUGGAUGUGCUGCUGGUAAACCUUAUCAGGGGGAACCUGCUUCCUUCUGCUCACCUCUGGAUAACCACACGACCUGCAGCAGCCAAUCAGAUCCCUCCAGACUGUGUUGACAUGGUGACAGAGGUCCGAGGGUUCACUAACCCACAGAAGGAGGAGUACUUCAAAAAGAGAUUCAGAGAUAAGAAGGCCAGCAGGCUCAUCUCCCACAUCAAGACAUCACGAAGCCUCCACAUCAUGUGCCACAUCCCAGUCUUCUGCUGGAUCACUGCUACAGUUCUGGAGGAUGUGCUGGAAACCAGAGAGGGAAGACAGCUACCCAAGACCCUGACUGAGAUGUACAUCCACUUCCUGGUGGUUCAGGCCAAAGUGAAGAAGGUCAAGUAUGAUGGAGGAGCUGAGACAGAUCCACACUGGACUCCAGAGAGCAGGAAGAUGAUUGAUUCUCUGGGAAAACUGGCUUUUGAUCAGCUGCAGAAAGGAAAUCUGAUCUUCUAUGAAUCAGACCUGACAGAGUGUGGCAUUGAUGUCAGAGCAGCCUCAGUGUACUCAGGAGUGUUCACACAGAUCUUUAAAGAAGAGAGAGGACUGUACCAGGACAAGGUGUUCUGCUUCAUCCAUCUGAGUGUUCAGGAGUUUCUGGCUGCUCUGUAUGUCCAUCUGACUUUCAUCAACUCUGGAGUCAAUCUGCUGGAAGAACAACAAAUAAUCACCAAGAAAUCUAAAUUAUUGAAUGAACCAAAACUCCAUUAUCUCCACCAGAGUGGUGUGGAUAAGGCCUUACAGAGUCCAAAUGGACACCUGGACUUGCUCCUCCGCUUCCUCCUGGGUCUUUCACUGCCGACCAAUCAGACUCUUCUACAAGGGCUGCUGACAAAGACAGGAAGUAGCUCACAGACCAAUAAGAAAACAGUCCAGUAUAUUAAGGAGAGGAUCAGUGAGAAUCUGUCUGCAGAGAAAAGCAUCAAUCUGUUCCACUGUCUGAAUGAACUGAAUGAUCAUUCUCUAGUGGAGGAGAUCCAAAAGUGCAUUAAAUCAGGAAGUCUCUCGACAGAUAAACUGUCCCCUGCUCAGUGGUCAGCUCUGGUCUUUAUCUUACUGUCAUCAGAAAAAGAUCUGGAUGUGUUUGACCUGAAGAAAUACUCUGCUUCAGAGGAGGCUCUUCUGAGGUUGCUGCCAGUGGUCAGAGCCUUCGACAAAGCACUACUGGAUGGCUGUAAUCUCUCAGGAAGAAGCUGUGCAGCACUGUCCUCUGUUCUCAACUUCCAAUUCUCUAGUCUCAGAGAGCUGGACCUAAGUAACAAUGACCUGCGGGAUUCAGGAGUGCAGCUUUUCUCUGAAGGAUUGAAAGAUCCACAUUGUAAACUGGAAUCUCUCAGUCUGUCAGGCUGUCUGAUCACAGAGGAAGGCUGUACUUCUCUGGCCUCCGCUCUGAGCUCUAAUCCCGCCCAUCUGAGAGAGCUGGACCUGAGCUACAACCACCCAGGAGACUCGGGAAUAAAUCUGCUUUUGGCUGGACUGAAGGAUCCAUGCUGGAUACUGGACACACUCAGGGUGGAGCCUGCUGGAGAACAAUGGUUGACACCAGGUCUGAGGAAGUAUUCCUGUCAACUCACAAUCGACACAAACACAGUACACACAAAUCUCCAACUGUCUGACAACAACAGGACAGUGAAACAUGUGGAGGAGGUUCAGUCAUAUCCUGAUCAUGCAGACAGAUUUGAUGUUUGGCCUCAGCUGCUGUGUAGUAAUGAACUGACUGGUCGCUGUUACUGGGAGGUUGAGUGGACUGGAAGAGUUGACAUGUCAGUGAGUUACAGAAGAAUCAGAAGGAAAGGAGACAGUUAUGACUGUGUGUUUGGAUACAAUGAUCAGUCCUGGAGUCUGAACUGCACUGAUAAUGGUCCUGAUUCUGUCUGUCACGAUAACAGUCGAACAUCCAUCUCCUCCUCCUCUGUCUCUAAGAGAGUAGCAGUGUAUGUGGACUGUCCUGCCGGCACUCUGUCCUUCUACAGAGUCUCCUCUGACACCCUGAUCCACGUCCACACCUUCAACAACACAUUCACUGAAUCUCUUUAUCCUGCAUUUUAUUUCUUUCCUUGUGCCUCAGUGUGUCUGUGCUGAGUUGAGUGUAAAGAGUGUCCUCCUGUUAGAGAAACACUCUGACUGUUGAACUGAUAGUUCAGUCUGUACAUGUCUGUUUCUUUCACCCAGAAACACAUUUUCAGAUUCAUUGUUUCAAUGAUUGAUGAAGUUUCUAAAUGAUUUCUUGUAAACUUCUUCCUCUUCAGUCCUUUAAAGAUGGAGCUAUGAUUAUUCCAGGAUCCACGUUUUUUUUUUUCACUCAAAGCUUCACAGUCAAUAUCAGUAUGUUGUGUUUCUCUAAAGAUCAGUUCACAACCAGCUCCUCUGCACUUUCAAUAGGUCUGAGCUCAUGAAAAUGAAUACAAAUGUUUGAUUUCUCUUUCUUAAUGUGAUUUUUCCAUAAUUCUUAAAUAAGUGGACAUUCAAUAGUACUCAGUGUAUAAAAUAUUCAAGACA